AACUCCUCGCCUGUCCAAAAAUGCGGGUCGCUCUGAGCGGCUGCUAAUAUGCGGGGACUACAACACCCAGGUUACCCUGUGGUCGGGAUCCCGCAUCACGUGAACUCGCCUCGUCCCCGCUCGUCGUUCCUCCCUCUCCCCCAGAUGGAAAAUGGCAGUGCUGAGCCCUGGGGAGCGAUGGGCUGAAGCAUUAAUUGAUGAGCUCAGAAGAAAUCCGUGCCCAUCCGAGGAAGCGAGAGACAACUUUGACUGCUGUGGCUGUAGCGAUUGUAUGAGGAUGAAAAAAGAGCAUGUGUGUGACAGUGGAAGGAACCCAUCCAUCUCUGGGGAAAGUAGCAUGACCUAUACAAAGGAACAGCUGCUUGGGGUGCAAAGGAUAAAGAACAGUAAGAAUUACUAUGAGAUUCUAGGUGUUGGGAAAAAUGCGAAAGAUGAAGAACUGAAGAAGGCUUACCGAAAACUUGCCCUUAAAUUUCACCCAGACAAGAACUGCGCUCCAGGAGCAACAGAUGCAUUUAAAGCAAUAGGCACGGCUUUUGCCGUUUUGAGCAACCCCGAGAAGAGAUUGCAGUACGAUCAAUUUGGAGAUGAAGAAGAAACGUUUUAUACCAACCUACCCAAGCAUUAUAACUAUUAUCGAGAAUUCGAAGCAGACAUUACGCCAGAAGAAAUAUUUAAUAUGUUUUUUGGAGGAAACUUCCCUACAGGAAAUAUACACAUGUUUUCAAAUUCAUCAAUGGACCCCCCAUGUUAUCAGCAGCGAAACAGGCAUGAGAGGACUUGGACGCAGGAGGAAGAGGAGGAAGAAACUAGACCACAGAAUACCUACUCAGCAUUUAUCCAGUUACUGCCAGUCUUUAUUAUAGUAGCUGUGUCGAUAAUAACUCAGCUAAUGGCUUCUAAUCCACCCUACAGCCUCUUCAAAUCGACUCUAGGGCACACUAUUGUUAGAGAAACACAGAACCUGCAGGUGCCUUACUAUGUUGAUAAAAACUUUGAAAAUAACUAUAAUGGCGAAGAACUUGAAGAGCUUGAAAAACACAUUGAAAAAGAUUAUAUUGACUACAUCCAGACUAGCUGCAGGAAAGAAAAACAACAAAAAUCAGAGUUAUCUAAUUUGGCGAAGCUAUACAGAGAUGAGCGCCUGAAACAGAAAGCCGAAUCCGUAAAACUUGAGAACUGUGAAAAGCUCUCCAGUCUCAUAGGAAUACAAAGGAGUCGCUAAUCGGCUGAGGCAUAAGGGGAGAAGUGAGCAGUACUGACAAACCAUAUAUGCUAUUGGUAGGAAUUUCAACUUGGCUCUGCUUUCCUUUUAUAACCAAGAGGAAAAACGUAAUCUAGAGACUUAGAACGGUAUCCUUAUCGUGUAUACAGAGCUAUAUGAACUGAGCCAUAGAGGCAACUUUUGCUGUAAUAUAUAUACAGUACAUUUGAUUCCAAGGCCCAGUAGUAUUUAAAUGUUAGUGAUUCCUUGGAGGUUUUAUUGCAUUUGGCAACAGUCUUCAUUUGAUACUUUGCUGUCGUUCAGGUGCUAAGCACGGGCUUCCCAGGAAUCUAGCCCUCAUGCUCACUGUUCUUGCCAUGAGCAUGGAGCAUGGAGCCCAUUCACUGUUCUUGACAUGAGCAUGGAGCCCAUUCAAUGUCAGAUCAGUAAAUCAUCAGCAUCUUACCUUGUCAUUCCCAUAUUUAUCUGAAGCUGCUGUCUACCUGACUUGCAACAAAAGCUUAGGCGGAAGGAAAAAAAGAUUUGCUCUGCUAUCGGUUUUUAUACGGUAUGUCUCACUGUUCUGUUUCAGUAGACGUUGCAAAAAAGAGGCUUCAAGGAUUUUUAUUUAUUUAUUUAUUUUGUUGUUAUUGAUGAUGGUGUUAUAAAACAUGUAAAAGUUUCUAAGCAUUGUACAGAGAUUAAAAGGUAGGACAGUCCAGGCUCACACUCCCAAAGGCACGAUACAAUAGGGAAGAGGAAGAGGAAAGCCAGCAUUUGAGCACUAGCUCCUUCUCUAGCCAAUGGACGGGAACAGAUUGGUUUUACCCUAGCCCAGAGAUGUAGCCCUGGAUUUUCAGUGUAUCCUUCUAGUUAAUGAACCAAGGCUCAACGUUUGGCCAUCUGGACCAUGUGGGAGAAUAAAUGCUCACUGUAAUUUUUGGCAAGAUCUGGGUCCCAACAGCUAGAAAAUAGAUAAUCGUAUCCGCCAAUGGUCACUUCUCUGUUCUACCUUAUCCUGAAUCCAGUUUCCAGAGGAAAUUCAGGGUAGCAUUUUAAUGAUAUGUUUAUAACAGUGUGCACCUUAAAUGCCUCUAAAUUUCUCUAGGAUAGCAGAUUAUUGAAGAUGUGUUUAAAGUCUAUAAUUUUGGCCUGUGUGGUUUAUUCCUUGUCAUUUUGUCUGUAAUUCAUUUGAUGCCCCCAAUAUUUCAUUCUAGCUUGUACUUGCAGAUUCAAGUUAAAUCAAAUAUUCCUAGAUAGUAUGUGCCUGGGAAUAUUCUUAGAGCACAAUUCUAUGCAUGUUUAGACAGAAAAGACGUCCUACAAAUGCAUAGAAUUGUGUUCUUAAGCUACAUUUCAGAGCUAAUGGUUCUUUUAGGUAGUAUCUGACUAGACGUCACCCAAAGUGACAAAGUUAAUGACAUUUUACAAAGUACUAUUGCAGGAAAACAUCCUGAACUUUUAUAUAUAAAAUUAACUGUGCAUUUUGUUUGUUUGUCCCAGUUAGGUUAUAGAGAAAUCUAUAGCAGAUUGUAGCAUAAAUUAAAGACCUGGUUUACCUUUUGUGGGAUAGCUUAUUUUAAAAUGUACUUCAAGUGUGCAUGAGUUCUGAAAAUGGCCUUUGGUUUUUAUUUAUUUCACAUCAAGCACCAGCUUAACAUUCUUAUUUAUUUGUUUAUUUAAGUUGCUUGGUGAGACUUAUUUUUCUGAAUGUAAAUAUACAUUGGCAAUAUGGUAAUUAUAUCAUUGCUCUGAAUCUUGAUUGUACAGUUCAUUUUUCAGAAACUAUUUAGGUGUGUAUUGUUACACCAGAAGACUAGUAAUUAAGGUAUGCUUUCCUUAUCUAGAGUAAAAAAAAAUCUGGAAAUAUUUUGUCUUAGAGCAAUUAGUGGAUUUGAAGUAAACAAUUCUCUGUUACUUUGGCCUCAACUCUUUGGCAAUUUCAACAGGUCAACUGCAAUGUGUGAAAAUUACACCCAUUGAUUGGGAAACAAUGUUUCGUGUGUAUGUGUUUCUUUUUUAAACCAUUAAAUUAAAUGUAAUGCAUUCUUUAGCUUUGAAAAUGACAAUUGUAGCUGUGUUGUGUGGAAAUAAAUGAAAUAAAAAUAUCAAUAUCAAA